AUGUCUACACCAAAUGACAAACAGGAUGGUGGAGAUCUGCGCAUAAGGACUAGUCAAGGUGAGACUUACAUUGCUGCAACACAAAGAGCAGAUGGAACGUGGAGGAAAGCACGACGAGUGAAAGAUGGAUAUAUCCCUCAAGAAGAGCAACCAAAAUAUCAGAAUCCCUCACAAGUGGCGGCAGCAAGUCGUGGCAAGGCUGUGGUAGGAAUUACUCCACGCGAAAUGAAACAAGCCACAGCAGGACCACGACAACCUAUAGCAGCUAUAUUCAAACCAAAUGCAGCUAUAACACCACAUGAACAAAUACAAAAGAAGAUCGACAAAGUCCAGCUGAAACUUGCAGAAAUUGCUAAACUUGAGGAACGCAUAAACAGUGGGGAAAUCAUUCCACUGCCAAACCAGGUGGCGAAAGUUAACCGGAAGACGGAGUAUGAAAACGAGAUCGAAAAGCUCACGGAAGAAUUGGAAAAAUUAUAA